GCAUAGAGUAAUGGUAAUAGCGCUCGUAAUUGAUGGAUGGGGAAAGGAAAGGGACGAAACGGUUUGGGCCUUUAGUUUUCCCGAGAAGAGAAUCCUCCACUCCCGCUUCCUCCUCUGCUCUCACCAAUGGCUGCCGAUUGGAAGCUCAAGUCCGCCGCUGUUUGGCCCACUGUCAAGCCCUUUGUUAAUGGCGGUGUCUCCGGUAUGCUUGCUACCUGCGUCCUUCAAGCCACAGACAAUCACAUCAGCAUUUAUAAGAAAGAAUAUAGCUUCAUUAGAAGAAAUUAGGAAAUGGCAGAAGAUAUACAAUCAGAAGCAAGGAAAAGGCAUAAUGAUGAUGAGAGCGACAGAAGCAAUGCGGAUUGAAGUUUAAAGUUUAAAGGAAGAAGGCAAAAA